ACAAGGGUAUAUCUGGAAAUACUGAAAAAUGAAGGCCCAACCCAAGCGCUAAAAAACCCUAAUCAUAUAAAUUCAUAUACUCCCGUUUUCCUGCUCAUCACUCAGAUCAUUGCCGAACGGAAGCAGUCCGAAAUCCAGCAAAUAUGAAGAUCAUCGCGGCGUAUUUGCUGGCCGUUUUGGGCGGUAAAGCAGCCCCUACCUCUGAUGAUAUCAAACACAUCCUCACUUCAGUUGGAAUUGAGGCCGAGGAUGAGAAGAUUGAGUUGCUCUUGGGUGAAGUCAAGGGAAAAGAUUUUGCCGAGCUAAUUGCUAGUGGAAGAGAAAAGUUGUCUUCAGUGCCAUCUGGUGGAGGUGCUGUUGCUGUUUCUGCUGCACCUGGUGGAGGUGCUGCAGCAGCUGCUGCACCUGCUGCUGAAGCCAAGGAAGAAAAGAAGGUUGAAGAAAAAGAAGAAUCUGAUGAUGACAUGGGCUUCAGUUUGUUCGACUAAAAGGUCUGAUCUUUUUGCCGGAAAAUUUGCAAUUCCUGUUAGAGUUGUAGUUGAAACACAACAUUUUGUUAAUUUUGAGUUAUUACUUGUAUUAGGUUCUGUUGGAUUUUCCUUUUCAAUUGAGACAUUUUAGUAGUGUCAAGUGUCUGAUAUAAUUUGAUUUGCUUGACCUAUUGUUAAAUUUUAUUUUAUUUUAUUUUAUGCUUUAUAUUGUUGCUGGUACCUUGAUAACCAAGAAAUUUAUUAUUGAAAUUCUAUGCAUUAACUGAUGCCUAAA